AGUCAAAACAUAUAAAGAGUUUGUUAUUAUUAUUAAUAUUAACACAAAAUAUAAUCCAAAGUUAAACAAACAAAUCAAUCAAUUAAUUAGUUGAAAAUGUUGUCCACUAUUUUACCCAUCACUCGGCGGUAGUGACCAUAUAAAAUCACAGACACAGUCAUCAUCACCGCUAUAACCAACAUAAAUAUAUUGACAAUCGGCGGCCAAAUAUAAAAACAAAUGGAUUGUAUUAUUGACUACCAAUCGUUUGUAUCGAUGAAAGAGUCGUACGACCACUUGUUGGCCAAUGUUCAACAUUUGGAGACCGAAAACGAUGUCCUCGAAAAGUCCAAUCGGCUGCUCAAGAGAUUGAUGUCAACACUGGAGUGUAUUAAGUUGGCUUUGGAGCAAAAGAUGACAAUCAUCGAUACGGCCGCCAAAGUUAGCACAGUUGCCGACCAAUUGGUUCCGUUCGAACGGGAACUUCAACGACUCGAUGCCGACUAUUGUCAUCUGAAGUAUCUAUUAAAUAAAGUUGAGUUCGAUGAGGACGACGAAGACGAAGAGGAUGAAGACAAUGAGGCGAACAACGAUUGUGAAGAAAACAACAACAAUGGUGUCGUUGGCGGCGGAAGUGCUCACGACAUGCAAACGGAUGAACUGAUGUCGACGACGACGACUACUAGUACUGGUGCUAACUGUGCCAUCGCCGAACUGACCACCCAUAAUACUAUCGAUGAUAAUUCUCUGGUCGAUGCUACUACUUCUCAAACAUCGAUAGUGGCCACCGAUGUACUGGCAGCGGUCACACUUGACGACAAUCACUCGAUCAUAUCAACCGGUCAAACACUUACCACAGAUGACGGCGUUCAGCAUGUGUUUCAUCAGUUACCCGACGGUCAGGUAGUUAUUACAACUACUACGACCCGUGCGGCUACUGAUGGUGAUCUUAACGCCAGUGUCUACACCACUCAUGUCAUGAACGCCACGGAUAGCGCUGCAGUUUCGUCAGUAAAAAAGUCGCGAAAUAGGAGGAAAGCUGACUUGACGGCCACUCCUGGCCUCAAACGGUUCCGAUGCGAUUGGGAGGGCUGUGUCUACUCAACAGAUAGUUCGGGAAACUAUCAAAAACAUUAUCGCAUACAUACGGGUGAGAAGCCGUUUAAAUGCGAUUUUAAUGGAUGCGAAUACAGCUGCUCCGAUCCGGGUAGUAUUAAAGAGCACCGGCGUAUACAUAGUGCCGACAAACAGUUUGCUUGCGAUUGGCCCGACUGUCAGUGGAGGUUCAAUACGUAUAAAUUGUUGAAGAAUCAUCGGCGUGCCUGUCAUACGGGCGAAAAACCGCACAAAUGUGAUUGGCCAGGUUGUGAUAAAUCAUUUUUGGCUCCCUAUGCUCUCCGUACACAUAAGUUAAAGCACACUGGUAUCCGACCUCAUAAAUGCGAUAUAGAAGACUGUGUGGCUACCUUUACCAGACCUACUGACUUGGCUCGUCAUAAACGUGAAACUCAUUGCUCGGAGCGCUCGUAUGUUUGCGAACACGAGAACUGUGAGUCGAAAUUUUUCCGUAAAGACGAUCUUCGGCAUCAUAUUCGCCGAAAACACGAAUUUCCUCAAUUGGGUCGACGGGCUAAACGUCAAAACAGGAGCACCGGUGGCGGAUCAGUAGGUCGUUCGGAUGGUUCCGAUGUCGGAUUAGUCAACAAUGAUUCCAUGACCACAACGUUAUCAGCAAAACGUAAUACUCGACGCAAACUAACACUUAAAACCGAUUCGAAUAUACCUACCGGUGCUGACAAUCAUGGAUUGGAUGUCAGCGGAGGUAAUGCUGUUGUCGUUGACGUCGAUAAUAUAGAUGAGCCCAAAGUGGUUAUCGAUAUGAUUGCCGUUAAGGGACGCAAACCGAUACAAAUUAAAAUUAAUUGAAAGUUUUUUUUGUUAUGUUUUUAUUAAUAGCUUAUCUAAAACUUUUGAUUUUUUUUAUCUUAAUUGAUU